AUGGAGCGCCAGAAGAAAAGGGAGCUUCGUGAUCUGAAUGAGAGGGCCUGGGCAGGCGAGAAUGAUGUCUUCCCAGUCAGCAAGUCCCUAGACUCUGCCCUCAAGAAGAAUACUGCCUUUAUAAAACGCCUUCGCACUGGUAUCAGCGCCGCCUCCCUCUCUACCUUUUUAUCUGACAUUCGCACCUUGUCGCUCCAUAAGUACCUAUCGGAGAUCAUCACCGCCUGCUAUGAAGGUGUGUGCAAGCUCAAAUCGCCCGGGGAAAUUGCCGUUGGGAUUGAAAUUGUGUGCGCUUUACAUCAACGAUUCGGUCCUGCAGAGUUUACCCGGCAGAUUGGGUGGCUUCUUGGCCGUGGCUUGAGUUCCCCCGAUAAGGCCACUCUCAAGGCUCUUCCCCAGGAGCAUCGCGAGCGCGAAGAAAAGGAACGUCUAUCGCGCCACCGAGUUCUCCUGCGAGUAGUUACGGAAUUAUGGCUUGUUUCGGUUCUGAAAACAUUGGAUGACGUUGAGCGGCCGGAGGAACUGGGCGCGAAAAGCAAAGAUGGAGUGGCUGGUAUCGGAGGCAAGCAAUCAGAUACCCCGCUCAAGUCCAAGAUACCCACCACGGUGAAGGACCAGGACAAGCAGGCCGACCCAUUCCCGCUGGAAGUUUUGAAGGAGCUUUUAGGUCAUGACCGUGACCAUACCAAUCUACCGCUUGCCGUCCUUUUCGUGAAGAGUUUCAGCUGGGAUAUCCUAGGCACGACAUUGACGGAUGAAGGUCGAAAGAAUGUCGAAGCGGAUGGAGUUGCAACUACGGCCGCUGCUUCGAAGCAGGAGGACACAGAGGACAACUCUGGAACUGAUCCACCACUUGUUCCGGAGAAGGUCCAGCAACGAUUCAAGAAUAUCAUGAACCGUUAUUUGGAUGAUGUUAAGGCGCAUGUGGUUCGCGAUCAAAGGGCGCUGGCCUUGCAGAGUCGGCGAAAUGCCGAGGCAUAUGUCAAGAGCGGCGAGAUCUUUGAAGAUCGCCAGUCUAACUUCGAGAAGCAAUCGAAGUCCCUCGAAAAACUUGUCACCAAUACGCAAGUUUUGUGCGAGGCUCUGGGGGCUGACAUGCCGGACCUAGCUGAAAAAGAGGCCAAUGAUUCUGGAUCUAGCGGCGGUAUUGGCCUUGUGAAAACCACGGAUUAUCUUCGUGGACAAGGUGAAGGUGCUGGUAUCUGGGAAGACGAGGAGGAGAGGCGAUUUUACGAAAACUUGGUAGACCUGAAAGGCAAAGUGCCUGCGGUUUUGCUCGAGGACGGCAAGAAAAAGAAGACUGAUGCCGAGGAAACUGGCAAAAAGAAGGACGGAGACUCUACUGAUCCCGCUGCAGAGAAACCCGAAUCUUCUUCCGAUGACAAGUCUGCGGCCGAGCUGGAAGACCAAUCAAUGGCAAUCGCCAGCAAGACCGUGGGUGCGCAAGUCGAUUCUUUGCUGGGCAAGCUUCCGGAACUGCAAAGCAAAGACCAGGUUGAUCAAUUCGCCCUAGACUUCUGCUUUGUCAAUUCAAAGGCAUCCCGGAACAGGCUUGUUCGGGCCGUCUCGGAUAUCCCCAAAGGUCGAAUUGAUCUCUUGCCUUUGUACUCUCGUUUGGUUGCCACUUUGGGCCAAUAUCUGCCAGACAUUCCGCAAGGCUUGACAAUCUAUCUUGAUGAAGAGUUUCGAAGUCUACAGCGGCGAAAGUCUAAGGAGUUUUUGGGUCAAGUGCGCAUGGGUAACGUGCGUUAUCUUGCUGAAUUGACCAAGUUUGGUGUCGUGCCGGAGCACAUUAUUUUCCACUGCUUCAAGGUUUCACUUGAUGACUUCUCGCGAAUGAACAUAGAGAUCAUUGGCAACCUUUUAGAGAACUGUGGUCGAUACCUGCUGCGCAAUCCAGAAACGGCACCUAGGAUGGCCUCGUUUCUAGAGACCCUGAGCCGAAAGAAGACUGUCCAGCAUUUGGCCCAAAACGAACGCAUGGUGAUUGAAAAUGCCAUCUACUAUGUUGAUCCACCCCCACGCCCAGCUAUCCAGCAAAAGGAGCGCACCCCAAUGGAGCAAUACAUUCGUCGGUUGAUUUAUCUAGAUAUGAACAAGCGCAACUACACCAAGAUCUUGAAGUCCAUCCGCAAACUUCACUGGGAAGAGCAAGAGGUCGUUGAUAUUUUGGAGCGUGUCUUCAGCAAACCAGUGAAAGUCAAGUAUGGGAGCAUUCAUCUUCUGGCAAUCCUUGUCAGCGCUCUAUACCGAUAUCAUCAGGACUUUGUGAUUGGGGUUGUUGAUAACGUUCUGGAGCAAAUCACCCUUGGGUUGGAGCAAAACGACUUCAAAUUUAAUCAAAAGCGCAUUGCUGAGGUCAAGUAUUUGGGCGAGCUGUAUAACUACAAAAUGAUUGACUCCCCCGUCAUCUUUGAUACGCUCUACCGCGUCGUCACCUUUGGCCACGAAGGCGGGACCCCAACGCCUGGACGGAUUAGUAUGCUGGAUCAACCAGAUGACUAUUUCCGAGUUCGUCUUGCCUGUACGCUACUCGAUACGUGUGGCCACUGCUUUGAUCGGGGAUCUGCGAAGAAGAAGCUCGAUUUCUUUUUGACUUUCUUCCAGUAUUACCUCUUUACUAAAGACCCGCUGCCUAUGGAUGUCGAUUUCCUGGUUCAGGACACCUACUCUUCUCUUCGGCCCCACUGGAAGCUAGCGACUGACUCUGAAGAGGCGACGCGAAUUUUCAGUGAAGCCGUUGCUUUGAAUUAUAACGUCCCUGAUUCUGAGAGACACAUUGACGCGGAUGAGGAAGAUGCGGAAACCAGCUCCUCUGAAAUGGGACUCGAAGAAGAUGCAAUCCAUGAUAUUGAGGAUGAGGGAGAGUCCAGCGAUGAAGCCGAGGCAUCUGGACCAAACCCGGAGCCAGACAUGAACGAGGAGUCCGAGUCUGAAGAUGAGCAGAUUGUCGUCACGCGCCAGGCAGAGGAACGAGACCCAGAAGUGGAGGCCGACUUUGAUCGAGAGUUCGAAAAAAUGAUGGCCGAGAGCAUGGAUUCUAGAAGAUUUGAGCGCAAGGCAAUCUUUGAUAUCCCUCUGCCUAUGAAGCGCCCAGCACGAGAGGCAACGGCUAAUGAAUAUCUCGAAUCUCCCGAAUCUCCCGAGCCCAUUGCGGCAAUUCCUGUGCCUCCCAAAACCAUGGCUUUUUCUUUGAUGACGAAGAAGGGCAAUAAGCAACAGACUCGCACCAUCGAUAUGCCUUCUGAUUCCAGUUUUGCUGUCGCCAUGCGGACUCAGCAGCAAGCCGAUCGUGAAGAGCAGCAGCGUAUCAAGAAUCUUGUCCUGAAUUACGAGGCGGCGAAUGAGCCUGAGCCUACCGAGACCACAAUAGCCUUUGAGAAGCGCAUUCCCGCUAGCCAACGGCUGGAAAAGACAAAUGCCGGUCGCUCCGCCUUCCGAUCACGCAAGCUGCAGCUUAGCGACGUGAACUGCGUCGUCGCCGAGAAUUUCGAUCGUGUUCCUACCUCUCGACUGCAGAUAGCGAUGGUCACCUUCACUGGCCUUAUGCUUCAUGCGCGUAUAGGAAUUCCCCCUCUGGCCAUUUAA